CCGCGGUGCUGACUCUGGCUCAGACGCAGCGGCAAGAAGGCGCGGGCAGAGCCAUGGCCCCGGGGGGCCGUUAGUGCGGGCUGGCCCGGCUGGGAGCCGCUCCGAUACCGCUGCUGCCGCCGCCGCCCCCGCCUCCCGGGGCGCCCAGGCCCCGCCGCUGCGGGAGAGGUGUCUGGAGAGAGAGCUGAGCCUGCUUCCUGGGCCCCUAGGCCCCUCCCACAAUGCCUGUCGCUGGUCUCCUCCUCUGGGCUUCCCUACUGACUGGGGCCUGGCCAGCCACCCCCACCCAGGACCUCCUCCAGGCCACACCCCGGGUCCGGCUGUCCUUCAAAGAGCUUAAGGCUACAGGAACCGCCCACUUCUUCAACUUCCUACUCAACACGACUGACUACCGAAUCCUGUUUAAGGACGAGGACCAUGACCGCAUGUACGUGGGCAGCAAGGACUAUGUGCUGUCUCUGGACCUACAUGACAUCAACCGCGAGCCCCUCAUUAUCCACUGGGCGGCCUCCCCACAGCGCAUUGAGGAGUGCGUGCUCUCAGGCAAAGAUGGCAAUGGCGAGUGUGGGAACUUCGUCAGGCUCAUCCAGCCCUGGAACAGAACACACCUCUAUGUGUGUGGGACAGGCGCCUACAACCCCAUGUGCACCUAUGUGAACCGAGGCCGCCGUGCCCAGGCCACGCCAUGGACCCAGAUGCAGGUGGUGAGAGGCCGAGGCAGCAGAGCCACUGAUGGUACCCUCCGCCCGACGCCCAAAGCCCCACUCCAGGAUUACAUCUUCUACCUGGAGCCUGAGAGACUCGAGUCAGGGAAGGGCAAGUGUCCGUAUGACCCCAAGCUGGACACAACCUCAGCCCUUAUCAACGAGGAGCUCUAUGCUGGUGUGUACAUUGAUUUCAUGGGCACUGACGCAGCCAUCUUCCGCACACUUGGAAAGCAGACGGCCAUGCGCACGGACCAGUACAAUUCCCGGUGGCUCAAUGAUCCUUCAUUCAUCCACGCUGAGCUCAUCCCUGACAGCGCAGAGCGCAAUGAUGACAAACUCUACUUCUUCUUCCGGGAGCGGUCAACAGAGGCCCCUCAGAGCCCCGCUGUGUAUGCACGCAUCGGCCGUAUCUGCCUGAAUGAUGACGGUGGUCACUGCUGCCUGGUCAACAAGUGGAGCACAUUCCUAAAGGCACGACUGGUCUGCUCAGUGCCAGGUGAAGAUGGCAUUGAAACCCACUUUGACGAGCUCCAGGACGUGUUUGUCCAGCAGACCCAGGACGUGAGGAACCCCGUCAUUUAUGCCGUCUUUAUCUCCUCUGGCUCCGUGUUCCGAGGCUCUGCCGUGUGCGUCUACUCCAUGGCUGACAUUCGCAUGGUCUUCAAUGGGCCCUUUGCCCACAAGGAGGGCCCCAACUACCAGUGGAUGCCCUUCUCAGGGAAGAUGCCCUACCCACGGCCCGGCACGUGCCCUGGUGGAACCUUCACACCAUCCAUGAAGUCCACCAAGGACUAUCCCGACGAAGUGAUCAACUUCAUGCGUGGCCACCCGCUCAUGUACCAGGCCGUGUACCCGCUGCAGCGGCGGCCCCUGGUGGUGCGCACAGGCGUCCCGUAUCGGCUCACCACUGUCGCCGUGGACCAGGUGGAUGCAGCCGACGGGCGCUAUGAGGUGCUUUUCCUGGGCACAGACCGCGGGACAGUGCAGAAGGUCAUCGUGCUGCCCAAGGAUGACCAGGAGAUGGAGGAGCUCAUGCUGGAGGAGGUGGAGGUCUUCAAGGACCCGGCACCUGUUAAGACCAUGACCAUCUCUUCUAAGCGGCAACAACUGUACGUGGCCUCAGCUGUGGGCGUCACACACCUGAGCCUGCAUCGCUGUCAGGCAUAUGGGGCCGCCUGUGCUGACUGCUGUCUCGCCCGGGACCCCUACUGUGCCUGGGAUGGCCAGUCCUGUUCCCGCUACACAGCAUCAUCCAAGAGGCGGAGCCGGCGGCAGGACGUCAGACACGGGAACCCCAUCAGGCAGUGCCGUGGGUUUAACUCCAACACCAACAAGAAUGCGGUGGAGUCUGUGCAGUACGGGGUGGCUGGCAGUGCAGCCUUUCUGGAGUGCCAGCCCCGCUCACCCCAGGCCACUGUUAAGUGGUUGUUCCAGCGAGAUUCUGGGGACCGGCGCCGGGAGAUUCGUGCAGAGGACCGCCUCCUGCGCACGGAGCAGGGCUUGCUGCUUCGUGCCCUGCAGCUCGGUGAUCAGGGCCUCUACUCUUGCACAGCCACGGAGAACAACUUCAAGCAUGUCGUCACACGGGUGCAGCUGCAUGUGCUGGGCCGGGAUGCUGUCCAUACUGCUCUCUUCCCACCGCCAGCUGUGAGCGCCCUACCACCUCCAGGCGCAAGUGACCCAACACCUCCCUACCAAGAGCUGGCCCAGCUGUUGGCCCAGCCGGAAGUGGGCCUCAUCCACCAGUACUGCCAGGGCUACUGGCGUCAUGUGCCCCCCAGCCCCAGGGAGGCCCCAGGAGCACCCAGGCCUCCUGAGCUCCAGGACCAGAAAAAGCCCCGGAACCGGCGCCACCACCCACCGGACACAUGAGGCCAGCUGCUUGAGCCCUACAGUGGCCCAGCCUAGUCCUCAUCCCUUUUAAUAUAAAAGAUAUAUAAAUAUAUAUAUAUAUAUAAAAAUAUAUAAAAUAUCUAUAUUCUAUACACACCCUGCCCCUGCAAAGACAGUAUUUAUUGGUGGGUUGUAUAUAGCUUGCCUCAGUGGCAGCAUCGUCCAGCACCUGGACCCAUGGUGAUCAGAGACAGCAGAACACAGAGCCCACCUCACCAGGCCUGGCCAGUGGAGAGGACCAGGCCAGGACCAGGAAGUCCCCAGACUCAGGUGGGAGUCUACCUGCUCAACAGCCACCACCAGGAUCUGUGGACAGGGGGAGGGAAGAAGCCCUGCCUGGAUGGGGCUGGACUUCGCACCUGUGCCAAUGUGUGUGGUCAAGCCUUGCUGUGGCACAGACAUGGACUCGAGGACUGCUUUGGAGAGGGGGUGGGAGGGGUGGGCUCAGGUGCACUCAGAGAAGGGAACAAGGGACCGUCACAGGAUGCCGGCCCCUGCCUGGGAAGGGGCACUCAGCCGAGGGCAGCACCUUCCUGGGUAUUUAUUCUCUAUUUAUUGGGGACAGGAAGAAAGGAGUCCUGCCUGGGUGGGGCAGUCUGUGCAGCCCUUCUUCCCCUUCCUGCCUGUCUAAGACAGAGUUGUCCCAUCUCUUAAUUUUUCCUGUGCCACCUUGAUUUGAGGCUGGGAAAAUAGCAGAGGGGCCAGGCAUAGGCAGAGCUGAAGGGAGCAAGCCAGCCCUGAGGGGAGAGGGGCUUGGGGCCUGCAAGAGUCUCUCCAGGGCUCUUCCUCUGCCCACCACUCCAGGCAAUGGAUGUAAAUAGCUCUGGGGGCAGUUGGGUAGGUGGGUGGGGGCUCCUGGCAGCCCUCUGCUGCGCAGGCCACAACACCCUGGGAUUCCAUCUUGCUAAUAAACACUGGCUCUGGGACU